GAGCUUGAGUCAAGCUUACCGGAGAAGUCACCGGAAUCUUUAUCAACCUCUCUCGACGAGAUCACAAAGACAUUUGGUGAUGCAACGCAGCUGCUUAAGAAUGUCCUUGACAUCAGGAACUCCCACGACACCGCGUUGAACCAACUUAAACCGGUGAUUACGUCUUGUUCAGACCAAACGCUAAUGCAGAUUGAACCGCGUCUGAUGCAGGAGUAUUGGUUAAGGUGUGGUGGGUCCACGUCAUCUCAGGGAACUGAAACGCAGCUCAUGUCCGUUGAUGGUGGCGGAGGAAGGAAGUUGACGGCUGUAGAAGGGCCCGGCGGCGGUAGCGUUUCCUCCACGCCAAGGCAACGUAGAAGGAAGGACGAAGCAGAAGAAAAAACGGUGUUGGUGGCGGCCUUAAGGACGGGGAACACAAAUCUGGCACCUGACGAUAACCAUACUUGGCGUAAAUACGGUCAAAAGGAAAUUCUUGGUUCUAAGUUUCCUAGGGCGUACUAUAGAUGCACCCACCAAAAGUUAUACAAUUGUCCAGCCAAAAAGCAAGUCCAACGCCUCAAUGAUGAUCCUUUCACAUUUCGAAUAACUUAUCGUGGCUCGCACACUUGCCACAUCUACUCAACCGCUCCCACUGCUUCUGCUGCCCACACCACUUCAAUCGCAACUGGUCUUUCUGUUGACUCUGGUCCCAACAUCUUCGACAUGGCUGAUACUAUGAUGUUUGGUACCGAUGGGAUCGAAGCCAACAUGAAUUUCAUAUUUCCUUUCAAUGAUUCAGCUUAG